UUGUUUUGUUUUCCAAGCGGAAAUUGAAGGUUAUGUGAAGUAUAAGUACACCAUAAGUGUAUGAGAAAUGGUUAUUGUUUAUAUUUCUUCAAAUACUAUUUUAACAUAAAAUUAUUUGUGUAAUUAUUUAUGAAUAAGGUAAUAGAAUAUAUACAAGUGCAAUUGUAAAAAAUUCAAUAUGAUGUUUAAAACGUGGGAAUCAACAGACAAAAUUGUGCGAACAGAUAUAAUAAAAUUUGGUCAAUAUUCUAAAAAAUUAACAGAAUGUGCUAGUUGCGAAGUCGUUAUUGAAAACCUACAAGUUACUAACGCAUCCGUAGAAGACUUGAAAGAAAAAUUUAAUUCGAAUAUUUUAGACGGCGCAAAUGAAAAAUUAAUAGUUAUUGGCGAAGAAAAUUGUGAAAUAGAUUACCAAAUUGAACGAGUGAUUCAAAUGAUGAAUAUUUUUGAACAAAGAUUAGUUACUCUGAAUAUUUCAUUGGAAAACAUGGAUCAACCUUUAAUUAUAAAGUUUGAAAUAAUAUUAACAAAAAUGCAACCGCAUAAUCCAAUUUGGGAGUGGACACCAGAAACAAAAUACUCAAUAGCAUUAAAAUAUAAAGAAACAGGUGUCGAUUUAUUCAAACAACGUAGGUGGGUUGAUGCAUUUCGAAAAUUUAGUAGAGCUUGCAAAAUACUUAUAACGUUAGAACCGAUACCUGAUUUAGAAUUAGAAAAAUCACUCGAAAAUAAUAUUAAUAAUUUAAGAUUAAUAUUAUACAAUAAUAUGGCUGGAUGUCAAUUAAAUCAUAAAAAUUAUGAACACACAAUUUCCUUGUGUACUAAGGUGUUAAACAAAGAAAGUAAUAAUGUUAAGGCUUUAUACAGAAGGGGAGUAGCAUAUGGAAAUUUAAAAGAUGUAGAAAAGGCUGUUACUGAUUUAAAAAAGGCAGUUAUAUUAGAACCAAAUAACCGUGCUGCUAAAGAACAAUUGCUAAUUUAUGAUGCUAAAUUACAAGAAGCAAACCAAAAGUUUGAGGACAUGGUAAGAAGAAUGUUUAAGACCUAAGGGCAUAAUGGUAUUAUAUGAAUCUGUGAUGAUAGAAAUAGGCAAUAUUUGUAUUUUGUAAAUAGAAAAAUAUGCAUUUAUUUUUAUCCACAAUAAUUUACACUACAAUUAGAUUAAAUUAUUUAGAAGUUAUAACUAUGAAAAUCUAUUGCAAUAUGCAACCUUAAAACUAUAUUUACCUGUAUUAUUAUUACUAUUACAAUAUCGUUAUUACAAAAGCGUACUUAAAAUAUUGUAUACAUGACAAAUAUAGAAACGUUUCUAUUAAAUAAUUAAAUUCAAUAUUUGUAUAUUAAACAAUUAAAAUACCUAUUUAUCAAUAGAUCUUGUUUUAAUGACCUGUUACAGUUUCUUAUUGUAAGUUGCACUAUAAGUUUUCAAUAAAAUGCUUUUAAAAUUAUACAUAUGAUUCUCCUAGAAUUUCUUUCCUUCUAUGUAAUUCCAUAAAAAUAUGUUAUUAUAUUGUAAAGGACGACAGAAAUACUUUCACAUUGUCAUAGA